CAUGCCGUUCACCUGCGGGACUACCUGUGUGCCAAAUCUGACGUGAAACUGCUGCAUACUCUUGUUGCAUCUUGCUGCUUCUGUUUAGCAGCUCUAAAUGAAUCUUGCCUGCAAACGAUGUGAUCAUGUCACUUCAGAAUAGCUUUGCGAAAAAAAAACGUUCCCCUUUGCUUCUGCUUCUGAAAUCAGCUAAAGGCCUCUUCAAACCAGAAGUGGAGUUUUCCCAAGCCUCAUGAUCACAUCAGAUCAUCCCGUGGGAUUUACUUUCAUGCUUCCCUUCAUCAAGAUAAUUCCAUUUUGUGCAGCAGAGCUGGUGGCUACAAGAAUACUAACCGCUUGAAGCUGAACAUUUACCACCUCCUAUGAGAUUCAGCAACUGCAGGUUUUGGGAUGAUACAGCUGAUGGGUCAUUUUUGGACGAGACUACCUCAUGUCUCCCAAGAUCUGAGGAGAAAUGGGGGGGGAUAGUUGAUCUGAAAAUUUCUUGCAAAAAUGUAGCAGCUUGUGAAUAAGACACUAGUAUCUUACAAUGCAGACAAUCUCCUGAAUUACUCGGGGAUAUAUGACUGUCAGCUACUGAACAGACAACCAGAACUUACAUUUUUAGUUCAUAGUGGCACAGUAAUAGCUGGACAACCUUGACCCUCAACAGGAUUGCCUUCUGGGUAGCAACAUGUCAGACAGUGAUAAGAGACUGGAGCUCUUAAGAAAGAUCCUCAAUGGAUGCAGUGUAGACCCAUCCUGUAAUAACUCCAGCAUCGACAGUGGGCUGGAGAUUCUAGAUGAUGGAUGCCCCUGGCUAAGAAUAGUUAUCUCUGUAGUUUACUUUGUCGUGGCCACAGCAGGAGUGUUAGGGAACUUGUUAGUGAUGUUCCUGUUGUAUUCCACUCGCACCCUCACCACAGGCACCAUCAAUUUCUUUGUGUUCAACCUAGCUUUGGCUCACUUGCUGUUCUCCCUUGCCUUGCCGUUUUGGGCCGUAGACAUUGCGCUGGAUUACAGCUGGCCUUUUGGCUUGGCCACGUGCAAGGCUGUGUCCUUACUCACUGGCCUCAAUGUGUUUGCUAGCUGCUUUUUCCUGACAGCUAUGAGUUUGACCCGGUACUGCUAUGUGGCCACUGCUCUGAAACCCAGUGCCUCCCCGUGCAGUAGAUCAUGCACUUUUCCGGUGGCCACUGCUUUUAUCUGGGCUGGAGCGCUCGUAGCAGCAACACCCCGAGCUGUGUUUGCUGACCUGAAACAUGUGGGCAACGACACAGCAUGCCUGCUCCGUUUCCCAGAUGGUACAGCCUGGCUUGGAAUAAACCAGCUCCUUCGAGUGGUGGUGGGAUUUCUGCUGCCCUACGCCACCAUCACCCUCUCCUACCUGCUUCUGCUGCGCUUCCUCUGUCGGCACAAACUGAAGGGUGGGAUUUCUCGGCGAAAGGCUGAUAUUUCAAAGUCUGUGGCUGUGGUGGUGCUCUCAUUCUGCAUAUGCUGGUUUCCGUAUAACAUCCUCACACUUUGGAGUGUUCUGAUUCAACUUGACAUUGUUGAUAUUAGCACCUCAUUCUUCUUGGCUCAAACAUACUUUUUCCCUCUGGCCAACUGCUUGGCUUUCACCAGCAGCUGCUUCAACCCCGUCAUCUAUUGCCUAGUGAGGAAAGAAUACCGUGUGGCUCUCCACAAUGUGCUCUUCAAGUUGAGCCUGGCUAUAAUGUCCAAGAUACCCUAUGGCAUUAAUUCUGAGGAGGGCUCGGGACAAGCUGGGAAUGUGGUUAUUCCACUCAACAACAUGUACAGCAAGACAAACCAAACUGACACACGGGGAUAUGUACCUCUGUCAACACUUCCAACAGUAGAGGCCACCCUGUAAAGCCACAACACAAUGAUCAAAUUCUUUACACCUAAACUUACUAGUUACUAGUUUAAAGUAACAAGGAAUGGCAUGUUUCAGUUUUACGGUGUGCUUUAGGAGGACCUGUCUUUUCCUCUAAGGAUGUGCAGAAUGUAUAUUUCAGAUAUGUUGUGAAUACGCUGCAUAUUAAACACACCUAAGCUUUUGUGGGUCUUGUAUUUUACAAGUGUCUGACUAGGCUACACGACUCAGGUCUUAUUCGAUGAAGGCAUAGUAAAAGUUUCAACUGUCUUUCCUAUUCCUUUUCUUCUCCAUCUUCUCAUUAUGUUGUAUUAUUAACAUGAAAUACUAUUCAGUAGUUUACUAUUUUAUAAAAAUGUUUACUGCUGCAUUUUGGAACAGUUAAUAUUGCUGCACUGUAAGUCUGGAUUGUGGUUGUCUUGUCCAGGUGUGAACACAAUUUGUCAUUUGUUUGAAUAGAAAUUAAUAAAAGAAAUUGUUCCAAA